GUUUGAUGAUCGAAAACAUAAAACUACAAUAUUAGAUAUAUGAAGAAAGAGGCAAGCCUUCUGGUUAAAGUCGUCAGAGGUUGGCCUUCUUUUCAGUGCUAAUUUCAUUGCAUGAUGCAAUAAGUUGUUGGAUUACAAUCAUUCCGCACAAAAGUAUGUUAAAUAUCUUUCUGUACAUUUCAAGAUAGAAACAGUAAAUAAACUCUUCGAAAUUGUAUGCAACUCAACGCUUUUUUACUGUUAAGGUUAAUGUAAUUACAUAUCAAAAAUAUCGAUUGAGCGCCGUGACUAGCGAGAACUUUGUUUUCAUAUGCCCCAUGACAUGACGAAAUGUUUGGAUAUAUGUAUUUCAUGCAUAAUUUUUUCUUCAGUUUGUGCACUACCCUCAAAAAGAUCCCUGAGUAAUGACGUCGUUUGGAGGACUGUUCCAAUUUUUGAAAAUCUUUAAAUAUAUUGGGCUAUAUCCCUUGACCCGCAAUACAGAUCAGCGAAUUCUUAAGUGCAGGAAAGUUGAUAUUUUGAUUGUGGUGACAUCGGUGGUUGCAUUUGAAGCUCUAGGCAUCAUUUCUAUGCUUUAUAUCUUCAAGCACGCCUCCGAGUUUCUAUGGAUAGAAUAUGACGUAACUGGGAAUAUUUUUGAGUUAAUUGAGAUUGGGAUGGCAGGAUCGGCUUAUAUGGUGAUUUUACUAUGGAUUCUAUAUCGUAGUAGUGAUAAUUUUGAACUAAUUGAUGAAAUAUGCAACCUAGAAAGGCAAAUGGUUUCCAUGAGUAACUCAAGGCUUAAGGAUUACACAGCUAAGCUUUAUUAUUUUUACAUCUUUUUUAAUGGGAUGUUCACUACUACAGUAGUAUUAUCUUAUCACCCAGGUGAAAACUUCCAAUACGCUUCAAUCUAUGCAAUAGCGGUUUAUUUACUGAAAGGUGUCAUCGUUAGUGCCAUUUUAUCGAUUUACUCUUGCUUGGCGUCUAUAAUUUACAUAUACGUGCAAAUUAUCAACGAGAAAAUUAAAACAUUUAAUUUUCGUGAUUUAAAAGCGGACGCCGUAGAAUUCAACAAAUUGCUCGUUUUACAUUCGCAAUUAAGUGAUAUUUGCGACAAUUUAAACAAUAUUUAUGGAAUCCCAAUUCUAAUUGGUUCAGCAUAUGUAUUCUUUUCAUUAGUCCAUGAGUGGUUUUUUAUUUAUUGGCUGAUAAUAUACUAUCAUAACGAGCAAUCCGUUACGAUAUGGGAAACUACCCUAAAUAUUCUGUGGGUUUUGCCGGACAUGACAUUCAGCUUGAUAUGUUUUUUGUGUUUUGAAACUAAUAAAAAGGUCAAUGAGACGAUACAAAUAAUUUCUAGAAUUUACCAUGAACAGAAGGCUUACAGGCAGAUUAUUGAUAAUUUCUUGACGAAAUCUCUUCGUGAGAAGUGCUCAUUCACGGCAUAUGAUUUCUAUGUUAUUGACUACUCGACUUUAUUUAAGACCAUUUGUGCCAUGUUAACGUAUGUUUUAAUGCUUAUACAAUUCAAAGAAUUGGAAGAUGCAAAGCACAAAUAAUUAUUAUUAUAAUACACACAAAUAAAAAAAAUAGCAUUGCUUGAUUGGAUGACUCAUAUCUGGUGUUUUAUUGAAAUAUUCAUCAUGAUCCGUUAAGAAAAAAAAUUGGUCAGUAACGAGUGAGAGGUUGGAAACAAAUUUUAUUCGCCUUAUCAGCGUGUUUCACAAAUGAUUAGCUUUUGUCUGCUUCGCCAAAUAUUGGAACACUGAUAAAGAAGGAAAAUCUUUGGCCAUUGACAAGUCUGGAUGUUUUUUUUGCUUAGUUGGUGUAUACGCGAACAUACUUGUGCACACGUUUUGAUUAUGUGCAAAAACCAUUAAGAUGAAUAAGUUUUUAUUUUUCACGAUUGCUUAUCAAAGCACGUGACAAAACUGUGGUUGCAAUGGAAAUGAAAUUGUGCUAGGAAUAAAAUAUUGGCGUCUUUUAUGGUUGGCAAUAUUUUCCCUUGAUUGAAAAUUGAAAUUUUUGAAAUUUUUUUUCAUUAAAUGGAUUAUA